GUAGCCUAUAAAAAGAAAAGGAUGCUCACUUGAUGAGAAUCAGGUGUGCACUUGCCACAACUUGUGCUACGACUACAACGACUAGAAGCUGAAGAAAAUAGAAGAUCUGCUGCCACAGAGAGACCAAUUUGUAUCGUCAACAGACUGACAGUUUUGGGCACUUUAUUUUCGAAUAAAACAUGGGGAAAAUCAUUCACGAUAGCACAAAGGAGCUCCCACUGACCCAGACAAACAAGAUGAAGGGAAACAGAAUCAGCCGAUGUCCAAUGUCAGUACAAAUGAAAAAUUAUGAAAAUGGUUCUAGCCACCAAGACACACUUUUCCACAGAGCUGUCAAGAAUCAGCUCUGCAGAUCGAAAAUGUGCGAAGGCUCCAUAAUGAACCCAAAGACUUUAAUGCGCUCUUCUCCCGUUUCCCCACUUUCCACCAAUGAGCUCCUCACGCAGGCCAUUGACUUCAUCAACCAGUACUACAAAUCCUUCAAAACCUCUAAAAUAGAUGAGCAUCUGGCCCGUGUUAAUGAGGUAGCCAAUGAGAUCGAUGCCACCGGAACGUAUCAACUCACCCUCGAAGAGAUGGCAUUUGGAGCCAAACAGGCUUGGAGGAACGCUCCGAGGUGCAUCGGCAGGAUUCAGUGGUCUAAUUUACAGGUGUUUGAUGCACGGAAAUGCAGGACCUCAAAGGAAAUGUUCCAGUUCUUGUGCUCUCACAUUAAGUUUGCUUCAAAUGGAGGCAACAUAAGGUCAGCCAUCACCAUCUUCCCUCAACGAACCGAUGGCCAGCAUGAUUUCCGGGUUUGGAACAGUCAGCUGGUUAAAUACGCUGGCUAUCAGCUGGAGGACGGACAAAUUAUUGGAGACCCUGCUAGUGUGGAGUUCACUGAGAUUUGUGUCCAACUUGGAUGGACACCAAAGUACGGGUCCUUUGAUGUGCUGCCACUGAUCUUGCAGGCCAAUGGAGAAGAUCCUGAGCUAUUUGAAAUUCCCCCAGAUCUGAUCCUAGAAGUUGAAAUGGAGCACCCACAGUAUGAGUGGUUCAAAGAUCUGAACCUCAAAUGGUUUGCAUUGCCUGCAGUGUCCAACAUGUUGCUGGAGAUUGGUGGUCUUGAGUUCACAGCAUGCCCCUUUAAUGGUUGGUACAUGGGCACUGAGAUUGGUGUGAGGGACUUCUGUGAUACUCAGCGCUACAACAUUCUUGAGAAAGUUGGACAUCGUAUGGGGUUGGAUACACACAAUCUGUCAUCACUGUGGAAGGAUCAGGCUCUGGUUGCCAUCAAUAUUGCGGUGAUUCACAGUUUUCAGAAAAAUAAGGUGACCAUCAUGGACCACCACUCUGCCGCUGAGUCCUUCAUGAAGCACAUGGAGACUGAAUUGCGUCUGCGGGGUGGCUGUCCAGCUGACUGGGUCUGGCUGGUGCCUCCAAUGUCUGGUUCUCUGACCCCUGUGUUCCACCAGGAGAUGAUCAGCUACAUCCUUUCCCCCUUCUACUACUACCAGCCUGAUCCCUGGUUAACAUAUGUCUGGAAAGACGAGACAAAAGGAUUAAAGAAACGCCGAAAAAUCAGCUUCAGUGCACUUACAAAGGCAGUGGUGUUCUCUCAAAUACUCAUGCAGUCUGCCUUGAAAAAGAGAGUGCCUUGCACCAUCCUCUUUGCUACUGAAACUGGAAAAUCGCAAACCUUUGCCAAAAAGCUCAAGUCAAUGCUCAGCUAUGCUUUUAAUCCCAGGCUACUUUGCAUGGAGGACUACGAUUUUCAGGAUCUUAAGAAGGAGCGUUUUUUAAUGGUCGUCACCAGCACGUUUGGCAGUGGAGACCCCCCAGGAAACGGAGAGAGUUUCAAAAAGCAGCUCAUGAACUUGAAUAAGCUGCAAAACAACAUGAGGUACUGUGUUUUUGGCCUUGGCUCUCGCAUGUAUCCACAGUUUUGUGCUUUUGCCCAUACUGUGGAUAACAAGUUCGCAGAGCUGGGAGCCAAACGUUUGACUUCCAUUGGAGAGGGAGAUGAGCUCAAUGGGCAAGAAGAGGCUUUUUCUGCAUGGGCUUGCAGUUUGUUUAAGGCUGCAUGUGAGGAAUUUGGUGUUAAGGGCCAACUUUCAGGGUCUGAACGCUUAACAGAGACCUGGGAUCCUAAGAGAUACCGAGUUCAACCUGACAGCAGCACCCUAGACCGCAUCUCAGCCCUGUCAGUGCUUCACUCAAAAACUGUGUUUCCCAUGAAGCUAAAGAAGAGAAAGAAUCUCCAGAAUCCUGAGUCAAGCCGCUCUACUUUACUGGUGGAGCUGGAGGUGGACAAUGGGAAACAGGUCUUAAAUUAUGCUGCUGGUGACCACGUUGGCUUGUUCCCAGGAAAUUCAAAUGAGCUGGUGAUGGGCAUUCUGAAGCACCUCCCCAACGGUCCUCCCAACAAUCAGAGUAUCCAACUUGAAUACCUGCCGGAGUCUGGCCCUGGAGGUGAAGGAUGGCAGACAGACUCUCGUCUCCCAGCCUGCUCUCUAACCCAGGCUCUUACCUUCCUCCUGGAUAUCACCACACCACCUUCUCAAAGCUUCCUACGCAAGCUCUCACAGUUGACCAAGACGGAAGAUGACCGACAGCGCCUUCUAGAACUGGCAUCGGACUUCAAGUGUUACUCAAAAUGGAAAGAAUUCUGCAAGCCCAAUUUCCUGGAGAUUCUGGAGGAGUUUCCUUCACUGGAGCUCUCUGCAACCUUCCUCCUCAGCCAGCUACCCCUGCUGAAGCCCCGUCUUUACUCUAUCAGCUCCUCCCCUGAUCUUUACCGCCAAGAGCUUCACCUCACUGUGUCCGUGGUCAACUACCGCACCCAAGAUGGAAAGGGUCCUCUUCAUCAUGGUGUCUGCAGCACAUGGCUCAACACCCUGAAAGAAGGACAGACAGUUCCCUGCUUUGUUCAUGGAUCCAGCGGAUUCCACCUUCCUCCAGAUCCCACCACUCCGACUAUCCUAAUCGGAGCAGGAAGUGGCAUCGCUCCCUUCCGCAGCUUCUGGCAGCAACGCUUCCAUGACAUGAAAAAGACAGGUUUGCAGGAGAGCCGUAUGAUGUUGGUGUUUGGAUGUCGUAGUUCAGAUACUGAUCAUCUUUAUAAAGAGGAAACAUUUGCCAUGAAAGAAAAUGGCACUCUGAAGAGCAUCACUCCAGCCUACUCUCGCCAAGCUGGUUACCCCAAGGUGUAUGUUCAAGAUGUCCUGAAGAAGCAGCUUAGUGAAGAAGUUUGGGAAGCCUUGAUCCAGAAGUCUGGACAUGUGUAUGUGUGUGGGAGCAUGACCAUGGCCCGGGAAGUCGCACGUUCUAUACAAGAGAUCCUGGUUAGCCGUCUAGGUAUAACACUCACUCAGGCUGGAGAAUAUCUGGGUCAACUGAAGGCUGAUAAGAGGUACCAUGAGGACAUCUUUGGAGCCUAACUCUGGAGCGAGCAGCACAAGAAGAGCUGUUUUAAAAAUUAAAGGAAGAUGUUAGUCUAUCAUGAGUUGCUUCAGCAUCAGAGAUCCUGAGUCACUGGUUAAGAUCUGACAAUCAGUAAUACAUAUUGUAUGUAUUCUAUUUUUACUUGUCUCUGGCAUCAUAUCUAUUAUUAUGGAAAUAUUUAGUAUAAUAAUUCAUUUCUCAGUACAAUAAUUCUGUCAAUCAUUUCUUUGUUUGUUAUUUUUUUAUAUCUUUUGUACAUGAAUAAGACAUAAAAUAUAACCUUUAGGAUUGAUUGGUGUUGCUGAGCUCAUGACUUUCUCUAUGUAUACAUUUUGUAAAUGUGUCUUUUUAAAAGAUUGAAAAUUGAAAUGUCUUUUAUUUUGAUUUUCAACUGAUUAUUCGAUGUGUACAAAUGAAAUU